CUUCCUUCGUUGUUAGCCUUGCAUUUUUUUCUUGAACUUGCAUUACAAUAUCAUUAAAAUAAGAAACAAACGAAUGGUUUAGGCUUUUCAAUUAUCAUUUGCAAGUAAGUUUAAUAUAACAUGAUUUUGUAUUCUCAAAUGGGUUAAUAAUAUUCGAAUUUAAUAGUAAGUGUGUAGAUGAGUCAUUUUGUAAGUCAAAAUAAUUGUGACCAAAUUCCCAUUUAGGCAUUUAUAAUUAUUAUUAUUAUUGUUGAAAUAGUAUUUAUUUUUGACUGCAAUUGUUUACCUCUUAGACUUUGCUGGUCAUGUUAAAUUAAAAAUAAUUAUUCUUUAUUUAUUCACACUGAGCAAUAUCUUGUUAUUAUUUAGCAGUUAAAACCUAUUUCUAAGCACUGAGUACUAAAACUAAAGAAGAAAGCUUAGUUAUAAGGCCAGGGCUGUCCUAUCUCCCUAUUUAUGUCAUAUAUAUACUAUAUAUACUAAAUGCUAUAUUGUAAAACAGGCUCAAAUUUUGUGGUAGUGGUAGGCUUAUACUAUCUAUAACAAUAUAGGCCUGUUAGUUUGUAUGAGUAUGAUGAAUCAGUUUGGAUCACUUUAAAUCAAUGUUUAAUUAUCUGAUUGUUGCUCGAGCUGAUUCUGUUAUAGGGUGUACAAAGGUAAAAUGGUAGGCACUUUGGUAUAGUCCGGGAAAUGCAGAAAACCGGGUACAGUCGACCCUUGUUUAUCGUGGUUAGUCAGUUCCAGACUCUACUGCGAUAGGUGAAUUUCCGCAAAGUAGGAUUCUUUAUUUAUAAAUGUAAUAUUUUCGUAGUCAGAGCAUAGAAAACAUGAUUACAACCUAAAUACAUUCUUCAACAUUAUUAGAGCCUCUAGACGUGAAAUGACACCCUUUAGUCACCAUUACACUCGCAUCACCCAAUAUAUAGUUGUCAAAGUAAAGAUAAAGUAAGACAUAUUAGACGUUAACAAUUUCAUAUUAUUAUUCUACAUUUAAUUACUGUUAUAUCGUCGCUUGAGGAACACGAGCUGUGCAACUGUGACUGUUAAUGCAAUAUCCAUGCAUAGACUGAUCUAUCGUGGGAGUAGCUGGUAAUUACCGGCUGGGCUCAGUGACCAGUGGUCAGUCCGGCUAAAUCAGUACAUACACAAAGCCACACUAAAGGUGCCAUAACCACAGUAAUUACAGGGUUGUAUUGUUAGCUCCGCAUAUUCAUCACACUUUUAAUAAAAACCCAAUACAAUUGUUUUAUCACCACUGUUACUCACGUCCGGCAACCAACAUGUAUAGAUGUACAGACAACUAGGCUGGCGCUGUACCAUUUUCACUAUUAACUUUUUAAUGAAUAUGCAGUAUUUAAGAAAAAAACUGCGAUAGGACGAAGCCGCAAAAGUCGAAGUGCAAAGCGGCGUGGGAAGGCUGUAAUGGGAAUUUGUUAUCAAAAUGGUGACCUCCGCUAUUGAAUUUACAGAGGGUCUAGUUGUUUAUGAUUUUUUACCCAAUUAUAUCCCAGCAUGCAUAUUCUUCUUCUGCACACAUUUUAGUGUUUUUACAUUAGACACUUUUUCCAUAAAGAAUUUGUGGUCUUCAUUUUGAAAAUUGAAAGUAAAAUAAUGCUCACUUAACUCAUUUUUUUUUGUUGUAAAAUGGCUGCUCUUAAUUUUAAAAUCAUACUGAGAUAACUGCAUAAAUUACAACAUAUCCAAAAUUUGUGAGGUUAGGACCAACAGGUUGGUGUAAAAAAUUGCAAAUUUUUUGUCAUGUGUCCCACAAUUCACAAUUAUCGAUAACAGACUUUUAAAAAGUAAAUUAAUUUGAUUAACGCUGGAAAUCCAGUUUAUUACUUAUUUAAAACAAAAACAAAUUAUUUAAUAACACCAAUGAUUUAAUGCUUUUAUUAAGGGGUAUUGAUUUGGGUUUAAUAGGCCUCAUUAGCCUUAUUAUUAUUACAAUUAAUAUAUUUAUUAUAUUGAUUAAGAUUCUUAAGUCAAAAAUUAAGUACAAGUUUUAAAAAAUAUUCACUUACCUUUGAUAUUGAACUAUCCUAUAUUUAAUCACAUAUCACAAUAUUCCACAUGAGAAUUGUUAUAUAAUCCUCAGUUUCUCAAAGAAAAAACAAACUUUCUGCCUCAAUAAUCCAAGAAUUAUUGAAGAUUUACUAAAGAGCGAUCAUAAUACUUACACUUGUCUCAAGCAAAUGACUAGAAUUUACUUGAAUUUCUAUCAGCCACCAAGGUUGAUUCUAACAAUACAUGAUGAUUUGUGAAACAAGAUUACUAACUUAAAAUAAAUGACAUUCUAAUUUUUUUGUAAAAUUCAUAUGGGACAUACAUUUAUAGAUAUUGGUAAAAUAAAAAGUACAAUCGUCAAUAUUAACUUAAUGAAUAAAAUAAUCCCUGUAUUAUUUGUUUAAACUUAUACAUGUUAAAAAUUCCACAGAUAAUUUGAAAUUGAUAUCUAAAAAAUAUUUUUAUUCUGGGGAAAUUUUUAAAAUAUAUAUUGAAAAAAAUUAAUUGAUUAAAUACCAUAAGUGACGACUCAUCAUAUUUUAUUCAUUUUUAAUAAGGAAAAUUAUUAAGAUUUUUGUUUUAAUUGCGGAAUAUUUUAAAAAAAUUAAUGUAUAUUUUGUUGCUUCAUUUAGAAGGACUCAUAAUAAACUAUGUUCCAUGUAAUUAUUAUAUUAUGGUCUCAUAUUAUAUUAAAGUUAUAGGCGUAAAAACAAAAGCAAAAUAAGGGUCAUGAAUGUGGAGAAAAACCCCAUAGUGAAAAAUAAGUUUUAAAUUAUUAAAGUUUUUAUCAAUUUUAGUGCUUCAUUACCACUGUUAUAUUUUCAGAAAUGUUAGAUGCCUGGUAGACUUGUUAUUCAAGUUCAGAGGAAGAAACGCAGAGUAACCAAUAUCAUGGCAGAGGGAGGAGAAAUGUCGAGUGGUUCUACAAAUGAUGUGUUUCGAAUGGAAGAAAGACCUGAGCAUGGUAUGAAGGUUCUUCAAGGUCUUAACAAGCUCAAGCAAGAUGGUAUAUUGUGUGAUGUGACUCUCAUUGCAGAAGGUUGGUUUCCAAAUAAAUAUAUGACAGUAAUUACUGAUGAUAGCUGAAAAUGAACUCAAAUUAAAUUAUGUAAAUUAUCUUAAAAGAGUUUCUUAAAAUCUAAAUAUUUUAAUUAGAAGCCCUGUGAUGCAAUGUUAAUGUUGUCUGCCUUGGAACCUAGGGGUAGCUGGUUCAAAUUAGCAUUAGUAGAUUUGUCUUAUCAGCCGAGUAAGAGACCUUUUCUAGGCAAGGAUGAACCUCUGAGUAAAAGAAAACCAGAGCGAAAACAUCUUGGUCUUGUCACCAAAAAGAGACAAUCUCUUCACAAAACUCUGUGUUCUACACAAAUGACUGUAAUCGUACCAGUUAAGUCGUGGCUGUUUAAACUAAUAUGGGGGGGGGGGGGGGGGGGAUUAAUUUGUGACUCUGUGAAAAAAACUAAAAAUAUGCAAUGCUUUUUAUAGUAAGAUUAUCUUUUAAUUAUUCAAGAUUAUUUCAGAUAAUGCAAUCAUUUUGAUUUAUAUUUCAAAAUUCAGGUACUAGAUUUAACUGCCAUAGAGUGAUCUUGGUGUCAUGCUCAGACUACUUCCUUUCUAUGUUCACAAGUGGCAUGAGGGAAUGCAAUCAGAAAGAGAUUGAACUCAAAGGCAUCACUGCUAAAGGAUUGGAAAAAGUCAUAGAGGUAGUUUACACAUCAACCACCACACUAGAAGGUGACGAUAUUUUUGAUGUGAUUGCAGCAGCGACCCACUUGCAAGUCACACCAGUGAUUGAGUUCUGUGAGCGUAACUUCCUCAGCGGCAUGAACACGACAAACUUUUAUGACUUCAUAAACACUGCUAAGCUCUACAGUAUGCAAAAUGCAUUAAAACAGAUUGAUGUGUUCAUAGCCAGAAAUUUAAUGCAGAUCGCCAAAGAGAAUACGUUGAACCUGCUGACAUAUGACCAGAUGGUCAGCUGUUUAAACAGUGAUAAGCUCUGCUUUCGUGAGAUGGAUAUAUUUCACAUCACCUGGGAAUGGCUUAGAAUGGAUCCAAAACGAGUAGGCCAUGCACCAACAUUAAUGAAACUCAUCCGCUUUCCCCUGAUUAACCCUGCUGAUUUAGUGCACCAAGUUCAGAGGGUCGACCUCAUGAUGUCAAAUCCAGAAUUGCGGCAAAUGGUUCUCACGGCUCUCAACUACCAUGUUGUCCCCCACUCACAGCCUUUAUUGAACACAUCUUCUACCCGGCUGCGCUCAUAUGUGGAAAGGUUGGUAAGUGUGGGUGGCAGAGAAAUACACCCAAAUCCAUGUCUUCAUGAUGAACUUUUGGUGUUUGACUCCAAAAUAACCUCCAGCAGUUUACUGAACAGGCAAGAAAUUGCAACCUUACCCAGUGCACUCAGCCAUAUGCAGGUACUGGUUUAUAAUAACUUUCUCUAUGUACUAGGGGGAUGCACCACUCAGUGCGCACAUGGGGAAUCUGCUGUAAACUCGGUUCUUCGUUAUGAUUCCCGAUUUGACACUUGGUUUCAGGUGUGCCCCAUGUUAAAUAAGCGGGCAUACUUCUUUGCGGGAGCAUUGAACAAUAAAAUAUACUCUGUUGGUGGAAAAUUUAAGGAUGGAAGUUUAGCCACUGCAGAAUGCUAUGAUCCAGCUGAAAAUACAUGGGAACUCAUUUCUUCAAUGCCUAUGUCUUACCAUGCACAUGCCGGUGCCACCUAUGGAAAUCACAUAUUUAUAUCUGGUGGAUAUUCAGGUAAUCAUUUUACCCCAGAUAUGCAGCGCUACGAUCCGCUAGCCAAUGCUUGGGAAGACAUGGCACCCAUGCUUACACCCCGUGGUUGGCAUGUCAUGUGUGCAUCUCAUGACAAACUCUUUGUCUUUGGUGGCUGCAAUCUAAAUGUGAACCAACAGGCACAGCCCGUCAUGCAAUCAGAAUGCUAUGAUCCAGCAACUGACCAGUGGACCAUAGUAGCACCGUUGUCCAUUUCUCACAAGGAAGCCUCCUGUGUUGUGUACCGUGACAAUAUCUAUGUUCUGGGGGGUUAUAAUGUGCAAACCAAGACAGGACAGAAGCUAGUUAGCAAGUAUGACGUGUUUUCUGGUAUUUGGGAGACUGUUGGGGCUCUCCCUCGGAGCCUGACAGGUGUUGGCUACUGCACAAUCAAACUUCCCUCGUAUGAUCCAGAGGAGCUUCAGGCAGAGGCUGAUUAAUGGCUGUUUCAGAAGUAAAAAUAGUAACGAGCUCAUUUUUGUGUCACAAACUAGAUCAAUUCAAACUUCACUUCUGUUAUUAAAUUACAAGUUUUUUAUUUUUUAUACUACAUAAAACUUAAUUUAGUUUUAGUUUAAAAUCACAUCCAUUUGUAUGUGGGAAAUACUAAAAUGCAACUGUUUACUUAGUAUCAGCCAACUCUUCUGUGGCAAAUUAAAAUUUCAUGUCAUAUUUUGGGGCAAUGAACUACAGCCAAUUUUUAGGUUGUUGCAUUAUUUAAAUUAUGAAUAUGAAUACAUUCAGCAUAGUGGAUGUAUAUAGUACUAUGUAAUGGAUGUCUAAUCAAAAUGAAAGAGCAGAACAAUUAAUUAUUAUUGACCUUAAUGUAUUGUCUAUUUAUUUCAGUCCAGAAGUCGAUUAUUGUGAGCACAGUUCUUAUUACAGAGUCAGUUCUUGUUCAGCUGUAAAUACUAAUCCAUGCCCUUAUACUUUGAAAAUCAUAAAGUG